AUGGUUUCUCUGUGGGGGAAUAGCAAGAAGGACAAUGACCGCGCAUCUCAAGAGGAGGAAGAAGGCAGCGCCGCAGCCACCACAUCCCAUCCUCAAUCCAGCCGCCCCUCAGAAGAAGCCAAUGAAAGAACACGGCUGUUGCCUCGCCGUGAUCGAGGCCCCGGCUUCCUCAGUCCUGAUGAUCCUGCAGUAACACCUUACAACCUCUUCUCGGUCAGAGCUCUACGAUGGCUCGAAGUUUUCUUCUUGAUGAUCACCUGCCUAUGGUGGACCUUACUUUUCAUCUCCAUCUUUGUCAGUCCGCCACGUUUCAAUUCGAGAGGCUCGGGCUUCUUCGACGUCGCCUGGACCACCCUCACUAUUGGCAACAUCCUGACGGCUCUCCUCUUCUUUGCCACUCCAUCGACUGCUAUGAGCGUUUUGAGCAUGGCAAUCUCUGUCAUUCUGCUGAUCGAUAUGAUCAUUAUCCUCGCAGUACCUCGCAUCAGGCUGGAAGAAGGCUGGAUCGGAGUCGCUUCGGUAAUAUGGGCAGCCCUAAUUGGCCUUUACAAUGUUGUCACAAAUAGGACGGUCCAGUGGGGAAAGGCAGAAGAAGAAGUGCGUCUUACAGGUCGUCAAGAGACCCGUCGUUCUCUUCGAGAAUGGUGUGCUGUACUAACUGCCACCGUCCUUAUGGCCCUGUACGUGAUUAUUGUUGUCUUGCUUACGGCUGUCCUGGUAUUGCGCUCGAGGGACGCUACCCUAGGGCCUCCUGGCAAGCGGUACUUGGUGGAUGGUGACAAAUACGCCGUCCAUCUCGCUUGCGUUGGCAACCAGACCUUUGACGCAGAUGGCAAUGCGAAACCUACCGUCUUACUUGAGGGAGGAUAUAUGCCUGUGGAAGACAGCUUCGAGGGAUGGGUCUACGAUGCAUGGACGAAUGGUACCAUUGACCGAUACUGCUACUGGGAUCGACCUGGGAUUGCAUGGUCUGACAACGCGCCGUCUCCACACUCGGCUGGCAUGUCUGCAGAUGCAAUUUCUGAAGCGCUGGCCAUUGCAGGUGAGGAAGGCCCAUGGAUCUUGGUUUCUGCUGGCAUCGGUAGUGUCUACAGCAGAGUCUUCUCUGCUAGACAUCCGCGUGACAUCAGGGGGAUGAUGUUCAUCGAUGGUCUUCAUGAAGACCUUCUUUACAAAGUCGGCGCACCUGGUCGUGGGUUCAUCCUGUGGGGACGUGGAAUCAUUUCUCCGCUCGGACUCGAUCGCUUGGCUGGGGCUUUGUUCAAGGGCCGUACUAAAGAGGAUCGUGUGUAUGGCAAGUCCUCCUACCAGGGUGGCAAGUUUAUCAAGAACAAGCUGCAAGAAAACCUGGUUGCGGACUCGUUGACCAAGAAUGAGGUUGUCAGCGCUCGCAAUAUCCAAGAUCGUGGCGUUCCUCUUGUCGUCGUCACUUCUGGGGUUCACCUGAAAAGGGAUAAGGAUUGGGAACGAAAGCAAGAUGAUUUGACAAAAGUGACAGACAAGUUGGUAGCAUGGGAUAUUGUGAAAGGUGCACCGUCAGAAGAAGUUUGGAGAGCAGACGAAGGCCGAAAGAUUCUGGAAAAGCGGCUGGGAGAAUUGUACAAGGAUGCAUAA